UUCUCCAUGAUUCCUGCGCCGUGAGGCUUUUAUUUUGGCGGGUGGUGUCCAGCGUCAGUGUUCUCCACGAUUUCUGCGCCGUGAGGCUUUUAUUUUGGCGGGUGGUGUCUCAGUGUCUGUUCUCCAUGAUUUCUGCGCUGUGAGGCUUUUAUUUUGGCGGGUGGUGUCUCAGUGUCAGUGUUCACCAACAUGGCGGCGCGCAGUGUGUUCAGGUCAGGGCUGUUUAGUGGCAGAGUGGCGAUAGUGACCGGAGGAGCGACAGGAAUCGGGAAGGCCAUUACAGCCGAGCUGCUGCAGCUGGGUUGCCGUGUGGUGAUUGCAUCGAGGAAGUCGGAGCGUUUGGAAGCUGCAGUUGAUGAACUUUCCCAGUUGAUCAGUUCCUCGAGUUCGGCUUCCAUUACUGCUGUGUGCUGUAACAUCCGCCAUGAGGACCAGGUGAGGAAUAUGGUGGCGUCCACGCUGCGUCAGUACGGCAGGAUUGAUUAUUUGGUGAAUAACGGCGGAGGGCAGUUCAGCAGCCCAGCGGCUAACAUGAGCCUCAAGGGCUGGAAUGCCGUGAUCGACACCAACCUGACCGGAACAUUCCUCUGCUGCAGAGAGGUGUACAAUGAGUGGAUGAAGGAUCAUGGCGGUACGAUCGUUAACAUCAUCGCUGACAUGUGGAGGGGGUUUCCUGGCAUGGCACACACAGGAGCAGCGAGAGCCGCAGUGGAGAAUCUGACGAAGAGUUUAGCCAUUGAGUGGGCUAGCAGCGGCGUGCGCAUCAACUCCAUCGCUCCGGGCUCGAUCUUCUCCAAGACAGCGAUGGAGAAUUAUAAAGAUCUCGGGCCCAUGAUGUUCCAGAUGGCUGUUCCAUGCAUUCCUGCAAAACGCCUGGGCUUUCCAGAGGAGAUUUCUCCAGCUGUGUGUUUCCUGCUGUCUCCAGCUGCUUCCUUUAUCUCCGGAGCCACUCUGAAGGUGGACGCGGGACAGAGUCUGUACGACUCGGUGUGGGAAAUCCCAGAUCACAGUGCGUGGCCUGCGCCUCCAGAAGGAGAGAAUGUUCGUGCACUGAGGGAAGUGAUGAAGGAGCUCAAACCCAAACUGUGAUGUGGAGUGUAGCUCAGCGCUCUGACCUGCAGGGGGUGCAGCUCAUAUAUUUUUUCUCUCUCCCAUGCGCACACACACACAGAGGAAUGGUGUCCUUAGACAAGUCAGUGUGUGAGUAAGGUGUGACAAACAGAAAUAACUGAAAUUCCUGAACCAGCUGCGUGUCGUACAUUCCCACAGUACAACACUAACCUGACACACAGAAUAAUAAUGCUAAUAAUAACAAUAAUGCUAAUAAAACUAUCAUUAUUAUAUUAUUCUUAAUGAAAGAGAUAAUAAUAAAAACAACAAAACAAUGUAAUAUAUUUCAUUUGUUUAUUGAGUCUUUCUCACUCAUUCAUAAACCUGUUGUGAAAUUCAGUUAAUGAAAACUACAAGAACUGAACUGCACAUUCCUGUGUGUGUGUGUGUGUGUGUGUGUGUGUGUGUGUGUGUGUGUGUGUGUGAGAGAGAGAGAGAGAGAGAGAGAGAGAGAGAGAGAGAGAGGAAUUUAAUAAACAUACUGAACAAGAACACACUCCUGUAUGUCACAGGUGAUUCAGUAACAAUGUAUUCGUUGUAAAUGACUCCUUUGUGUGAAUCAUGUUGUGUUUGACUAAAACAUCUAAUAAACAUGGCUCAAGCUUUU